UAAACAUUCCUGUGAACACUGUUCAAAGGUAUUUGCUACCGCUUAUGAUUUAAAGAGACAUGUGAGAUCACACACUGGCGUAAAGCCAUUUCCCUGUAAAGUUUGUCCUAAGGAAUUUUCUCAACUUGCCCAUCUGAAAGUGCACUUGAAAACACAUACUGGAGAAAAGCCAUUCACCUGUGAAGUUUGCCCAAAAGAGUUCACUCAAAUGGAACAUCUUAAAAGACACUUGAGGACCCAUACUGGAGAAAAGCCAUUCUCCUGUGAGGUGUGUUCUAAGGAAUUUUCUGUACUUGCACAAGCGAAACAACACAUGAGAAUACAUACUGGCGAAAAAGCAUUCUCCUGUGAAGAGUGUUCUAAGGACUUUCCCACACUAUCAAACCUGAAACAGCACUUGAGGACCCAUUCUGGUGAAAAACCAUUUGCCUGUGAUUCGUGUCCUAAGGCAUUUUUUAGACUCGCGAGCCUGAACGAACACUUGAGGACUCAUACUGGAACAAAGCCAUUUUCCUGCGAAGUGUGCUUUAAAGAAUUUUCUCGUCUAGGAAACCUGAAGGUUCACUCCAGAACCCAUUCGGGCGAAAAGCUAUUUCCUUGUGAUGUGUGUUCGAAGGCUUUUUCUCAGCUGUCACACCUGAAAAAUCACUUGAGGACACAUACUGGCGAAAAGCCAUUCUCCUGUAACACGUGUUCUAAGGAAUUUUCUCAACCUGCACACUUGAAAAGACACUUGAGAAUGCAUGCUGGAGAAAAACGAUUCUCCUGCGAAGUGUGCUCCAAGGAGUUUUCUCAGCUUGCACAUGUGAAGGAUCACUUGAGAACCCAUUCGGGCGAAAAGCCAUUCUCCUGUGAAGUGUGUUCAAAGGAAUUUACUCAUGUUGCUUACCUGAAGCAACACUUGAGAACCCAUACUGGCGAAAAGCCGUUUCCCUGCAAACUGUGUUCUAAGAAAUUUUCUCUGCAAGGACACCUGAAAAGGCACUUGAGAGUUCAUACCGGCGAAAAGCCGUAUUCCUGUGAACUGUGUUCUAAGGCUUUUUCUGAACCAGUGAACCUCAAAAGGCACUUGGCAAUCCAUACAGGGAAAAGCAACGUUCCCGAGUUUGAAUUUACAGGACACCUGAAAACACACUUGAGAGUUCAUACCGGCGAAAAGCCGCAUUCCUGUGAACUGUGUUCUAAGACUUUUUCUGAACCAGAGAUCGUGGAUAGGAUCCCGUUCAGUUUUCUUAUGAGUAACCUUCGAAGCUGGGGGUGUCGUGGUCCUGCUCACGGAGACAUGCUCGCCAGAGCAGGUGGCACAUCUGGAAGGUUCAUCAUGGUUCUUCUGACACAUCCUACUAUCAUGAGGUCCAGCACAUCUGCAGCACUUGGGCGGAAGAUUUUAAAGAGACAUCUUAGAACCCAUACUAAAGACAAACCGUACCUAUGUGAGCAUUGCUCUAAGGCUUUUUCCAACGCAUCAAACUUAGUUGUUCAUUUGAGAUUCCAUACCGGUGAGAAACCAUUCACCUGUGAACAUUGCUCAAAGACAUUCUUCACUGCAUCACAUUUAAAAAGACACAUAAGAAUCCAUUCUCACGAGAAACCAUAUUCCUGUGAGUAUUGCUCGAAGGCAUUCACACAAUCUUCAACCUUAAAGACGCAUCUGAAGAUUCAUACUGGCGAGAAACCACUUGCCUCUGAGCAACGUUCAAAGGCAUUUUGCCCCUCUUCGGAUUUAAAGAAGCACCUGAGAAUUCAUGCUGGCGAGAAACCACUUGCCUCUGAGCAACGUUCAAAGGCACUUUGCCCCUCUUCGGAUUUAAAGAAGCACCUGAGAAUUCAUACUGGCGAGAAACCACUUGCCGCUGAGCAACGUUCAAAGGCAUUUUGCCCCUCUUCGGAUUUAGAGAAGCAUCUGAGAAUUCAUACUGGCGAGAAACCACUUGCCUCUGAGCAACGUUCAAAGGCAUUUUGCCCCUCUUCGGAUUUAAAGAAGCACCUGAGAAUUCAUACUGGCGAGAAACCACUUGCCUCUGAGCAACGUUCAAAGGCAUUUUGCCCCUCUUCGGAUUUAAAGAAGCACCUGAGAAUCUAUACUGGCAAUAAGCCUUACCUGUUGUUGAAGCUUCAUCUCACUUGUACCAAUAUGGAACUUAUUCUUGAGCCCUCUGAAGUGGACAAGUUGUUUCUCGCAGACUCUGAACAUGAAGUAUAA